AUGCAGGCCAAAAAUGCACCUGUUCAAGCAGGAAAUGCCGAUCUCUGGUCCCCUCCUCCAUACACACCACAGCACCCUUCAAACGCUCCGGUAUCCAGGGCUUCGUCAUCCGGAGAUUCACCUUACGCCUUCCUGCGCGAGUUUGAUACAGUAUUCCUGGUGGAUGACAGCAGUAGCAUGAGAGGGCGUCGCUGGCAGGAGGCUGCGGAUGCUAUUGCCGCCAUCGCUCCUGUUUGCACCGAAUAUGACGAAGAUGGCAUUGAUAUCUACUUCUUAAACUAUCAACACGGAGGGACAGAUCCCAAAACUGGCGCAUAUACUAACAUCACGACGGCGGAUAAUGUCCGCGAGAUUUUUUACGGCGUCGAGCCGCGAGGAGCAACUCCGGCUGGGCGUCGUUUGCGGCAGAUCCUGGACCCAUACCUUCGUCGCGUGGAGGCCAUAGCAGCCAAAGGAAGAGACCCUAGCGAGUCUGUGAAGCCACUGAACAUCAUCACAAUCACAGACGGGGUGUUCACGGACGAUGCGGAAAGUGUUAUCAUCAACACCGCCAACAGGUUGGAUAAAUGCAAUGCCACACCAUGGCAGGUUGGCCUCCAGUUUUUCCAAGUUGGGGAUGACAAACACGCACAGGAAUAUCUGCAGAUGCUGGAUGAUGACCUAGGCCACAAGUCAAAGAACGAGGGCAUGCGAGAUAUUGUGGACACAGUGCCAUGGAAGGGUGACAAGGGUCAGACCUUGAGCGCGGACGGGAUUUUGAAAUGCGUCCUCGGUGCUGUCAAUCGCAAAUAUGACAAAUGCAACGCGUUCCGCUGA